CCGCUGCAACUGUCAAAAUUCAACAAAAAAUAAGCGACAUGUUCAUCAACAUAUAUAUCCAGUAAUUGUAAUAUUUAAAAGGAAAUCAAAUAAAAGACUUGUAUACAUAAAACGUUCUGAAGUACUUAUUAUUUAAAUGGUGUAAAAGAUUACAUUAUAAUGACGUCCUGUGCUAGGGAUUUCUUAUUUGAACCUUUUAAGGUUACCGAAGUUGAAUUUCGCAGUUCUGAUAGUCCUAGACCGAGAAGCGGUCAUAGGGUAGCUUGUGACGACUAUAACGUGUAUUGCUUUGGGGGAUAUAAUCCCUCUUUACCUCUAAGCCAAAUACAAAGAAACAAUCCCACAUGGACCCCAGCAAGACCAUUAUUUAAAGAGUUGUGGAGCUUUAAUAUCUCAAGUAGAAAAUGGAAACAACAUAAGGUAACAGAAAAUAUGCCUGAAGAAUUGGCAUCAAAUGCUAUGUGCAUGAAUGGGAGAUAUUUAAUGAUAUUUGGUGGUACAGGUGCUCCAUUUGGGAACAAAUGCAGUAAUGAUGUCAUUAUAUGGAAGACAUGUAGUGGAGAUGCAAAGCUUAAAAUCUUAAAAGUAACAGGAUCUCGCCCUCCUGGACAGUAUGGGCAGUCAAUACUCUGUCAUGACGGAUGUUUCUAUACUAUAGGAGGAACAAAUGGAUUUGCAUAUAACUGUGAUAUUUAUAGGUUAGAUUUGCGAACAAUGGUAUGGGAACCAGUGUUUGUUGGGACAGGCCAAGACGGAGAGCCAUUAGGAAGGUACAGACAUGAGGUAGUGCGUGCCAAUAACAAACUAUAUAUUGUUGGUGGUGGUACAGGUGAAUUGGCAUUUGAACUGAUGGAAAUACCAAUGUAUGAUCUUGACACCAACACAUGGACAAUAUUAAUGCCAAAAGCGGAUGACACAUUGAAGAAUACAGCCUCACCGUUACCGAGGAAGUGUCACAGUGCGGUGCAAAUUGAAACAGAGAGUGGUGUGCAAGUAUUUGUUACUGGUGGGACAGAUGGCGAGUCAGUGUUUGAAGAUGUUUGGAGGUUAAACAUAGCAGAUCUCCAGUGGCAUUUAAUGCAAAAGACAGUUCUCCCUCAUCCGCUAUAUUUCCAUUCAUCCACAGUUACUUCAUAUGGUUGCAUGUACGUAUUUGGUGGUAUUGAACCGAAAGAAGAUGCAACGUGUAGGAAUAAUAAGUUAUACAAAGUGUGGUUAUGCAUACCAAAGUUAAGUGAAAUAUGUUGGGAAGCAUUAAUCAAUUUGUUUCCCACCCUGGACGGAGAAAAUAAAACAAACUUAUUGCAUAUGGGAAUUCCGAGACAUUUCGUAGAUAGAUUGCAUCCUGAAUCUGGAAUCUGGGAAACAAAGUUUGAUUCACAGUGUAAUAUCAAAUAAAAAUUUAUUUAUUUUUAUAUAAUUUGUGUUCAAAAUAGCAUAAUAAUAUAAAUGGAGCAUAAACCAUUGUCAUAAUAUUUAAACCUUAU